CAGUGUGAAGAAGAAGAGGCGAGAACGACCCCCGGACCGACCAAAGCCCGCGCGCGCUGCAUCCCGCGUCCAGCACCUACGUCCCGCCGCCGUCGCCACCAUGCCCAAGAGAAAGGCUGAAGGGGAUGCUAAAGGAGAUAAAGCCAAGGUGAAGGACGAACCACAGAGAAGAUCCGCGAGGUUGUCUGCUAAACCUGCUCCUCCAAAGCCAGAGCCCAAGCCUAAAAAGGCCCCUGCAAAGAAGGGAGAGAAGGUACCCAAAGGGAAAAAGGGAAAAGCUGAUGCUGGCAAGGAGGGGAAUAACCCUGCAGAAAACGGAGAUGCCAAAACAGACCAGGCACAGAAAGCUGAAGGUGCUGGAGAUGCCAAGUGAAGUGUGUGCAUUUUUGAUAACUGUGUACUUCUGGUGACUGUACAGUUUGAAAUACUAUUUUUUAUCAAGUUUUAUAAAAAUGCAGAAUUUUGUUUUACUUUUUUUUUUUUAAAGCUAUGUUGUUAGCACACAGAACACUUCAUUGUUGUUUUUGGGGGAAGGGGCAUAUGUCACUAAUAGAAUGUCUCCAAAGCUGGAUUGAUGUGGGGAAAACACCUUUCCCUUCUAGUUUUGAGAGACUUCCUCUUGGUUCCCAGGAGGAGGGAUUCUCUACUUUGACACACAUGGCCACCUUGGCACAAAAGCCUUGUGGUAUGGAAAAACAAAUUUGUUUUUAUGUUCUCUUCUCCCUUUCCAUCUUUCAGCAUAGACUUAACUCCCUUAAGCCCAGACAUCUGUUGGGACCUGACCCCUAGUCAGUGGUUACCAGUGUGUCAGGCAAUCUGGACUUUCCAGUGAUGCCACUGAGAUGGCACCUGUCAAAACAGCAUGGUUCCAUUUCUAGAUUGUGGAUCUUCAGAUAAAUUCUGCCAUUUUCAUUUCACUUCCUGAAAGUCAGGGUCGGCUUGUGAAAAGUUGUUAAACAACAUGCUAAAUGUGAAAUGUCAACCCUCACUCUAAACUUUCCCUGUUCAGAGCAUCAGAUGAAGACUUCAUUGGGUUUUAUAGUGGCUUUCUGAUUUUUGGUAGUCCAUUGAAGAAGGGAGUUUGAAAGUUGUUGUAUACUGUUAACGAUUGUCUGCCCAUGUCCUGCCUGAAAUACCAUGAUUGUUUAUGGAAAGUAUCUUUAAUAAAGCUGGAUACAGUUUG